ACUGUUUGUGGAAGGGAUCGUUUAACCGUUUCGCCUUCUCGGAUAUUCCUUGGCAGUAAGCAAAAUGGCGCCGCUAUGGAUGGUUAUGUCGUUAGCGGUUUCUUUACUUUUAACACCUUUUCUUAUGUUUUUGCUUGCCAUAAUCUUUUUGGCAUCUAUCGGAAAGUCACUCGGCGUUAGAAGAUUAUAUAUAAAAUUGCUGCUAACACUAUUUGAGUAUGGCAGACAAAAUAUAGAAAACGUGAAAAAGAAGAAUGGUACUUGGAAGCAAAAUGACGAAGACACAGAUGAGGAGUACGAAUCGAGGCACGUCGAAAAGCAGAAUGUGCAAAAUUGGAAAACGGAGAGUAUGCAGAAUGGAGUGAGCAGCACCGUUAUAGCCAGAUCGACGGAUUUGAUUUUGGUACCCGAGCCAGAAAUGCAGAAUCAUAAAAAUCAUUUGGAGGAAACGAAAACGGAGAAUUCACAGACGCCUGCAACAAGUGCGAGCAAAAGCGAGACACUCAUACGUAGAGAUUCAUUUGAAACCCUGAAAAGGGAGUUCAAACCUGCAAUCUGUUUGGAUUACAUUAAAGCUGGUGUAGAAGCUAUUAUAGAAGAUGAGGUGACAUCUCGUUUUGAAGCAGAAGAAUUGAAGAAUUGGAAUUUGUUAACUAGAACAAAUAGACAUUACGAGUUCAUCUCCUGGAAGUUAACAGUGAUAUGGAUAUGUGGAUUUGUUAUGCGAUAUUGUUUCCUUCUUCCCUUGAGGAUAUUCAUUUGUUUUGUAGGGGUACUGUACAUUGUAAUUGCAACAUUUCUUAUUGGCUUCCUACCAAAUGGUUUUAUUAAGAAAUGGACAUACAACAAGGCUAGUCUCAUAGCAUUCAGGAUAAUGUCACAAUCUUUAUCAGCGACAAUUACAAUUCAUAAUCCAGAGAACAAACCAAAACCAGGAGGAAUGUGUGUGGCAAAUCACACUUCCGCAAUCGAUGUGCCUAUCUUAUCCACACAGACAACAUUCUCCUUGGUGAUGUGGCUGACUGCAUGUACAGCGGUAGUCGGCUAUGUUCCAGAGGGUAGUUUCAAGCGAUGGCUGAAUUACAAAGUCUCCAUAAUGUGCUUCGGUGUGUUGUCGAGUGCUCUAUCAUCAGUAAUUACGUAUCAUAAUCCGGAGAAUCGUCCUGUUAGGGGUAUUUGUGUGGCAAAUCAUACUUCACCUAUAGAUGUUCUGAUACUCAUGUGCGAUAAUUGCUAUUCCUUGAUAGGUCAGAGACAUGGUGGAUUUUUAGGUAUUCUACAAAGAGCUUUAGCACGUGCUUCACCACAUAUUUGGUUUGAACGGUGUGAAGUUAAAGAUAGAGAAGCAGUUACAAGACGAUUAAAAAAACAUGUGUCUGAUCCUACAAAUCCACCGAUACUUAUCUUUCCUGAAGGCACUUGUAUAAAUAAUACAUCAGUUAUGCAAUUUAAGAAAGGAAGCUUUGAAGUUGGUGGAGUAAUUUAUCCUGUUGCAAUAAAGUAUGAUCCAAGAUUUGGGGAUGCAUUUUGGAAUAGUAGCCGAUAUUCAAUGAUACAAUACUUAUAUAUGACUAUGUCAAGUUGGGCCAUAGUAUGUGAUGUUUGGUAUCUUCCUCCGAUGUAUAGAAACGAGGGAGAGAGCGCUAUUGAUUUUGCGAAUAGAGUAAAGUCUGUGAUAGCAAGACAGGGUGGCUUGGUCGAUUUACAAUGGGAUGGUCAGCUUAAACGAAUAAAGCCAAAAAAGGAAUUGCGAGAGAAGCAACAAGAAGAACUUAGUAAACGACUUAAAGACGAAUAAAGUCGAAUAUGAAUCGUCUCUAGUCCCUCUUUCACGAUCGAUAUAAUGUGUGAUAUUUUGCUUAAACGAGAAUAUUUUACCUGAUGUGCUGUUUUAUCUUCUUCGUGGACAUUUAUCUGUGCUAAAAGGGGAUGAUAGAGCGUAUGCAUGAUUUAAUUUGUUUAAUUUUACAAAUGUGAUACAUUGCGUUAUGUUAGAUUACUUUUAUACAAUGAGAAAUUGAUAAAUUUCUAUAGUAACAUUUAAAUUCAUUACAAGACGAUUAGUAUAAACAAUUUAUCUUAAUAUUAUGAUUGAAUUUAAAUAUGAAAUAUCGCAGGUACCACAUUUGUCAAUUUUUAAUACCAAUAUUAUAUAACGAGGCAUUACAAAUUUAUUAUUUAUACAUAAUGAAGUGUUUAAUAUGGAAUGGCCGAUGGUGUGUGACUUUUUGUGCGUAUGAUUGAAUGUAGCAUCAAACUCAUCCUAUUUAUAUUGUUACAUUUUUAGAAAUGUACUUCACCUCAUUAUCUCAUUAAUUUGAUACAUGGUUAUGGAUAUCUAAGCCCAUCUGAUAUUAUACAGGAGAAGUUACAAAUUCUUUUCUUUCUUUCUUUUUUUUUUUUUGUAAAAAUGAUAGGGAAAAAUAUUACUCUUUAUUGUAGUGUAAAAAAUAAAGUAUUUAUUCAUAUUUCUCAUAGAAAGAAAUUAGCAUAUAUCAGGGUUAUGCUACUGUACCCAUCCCCUGAAAAUUAUUUGAAAUGACAUUCAUUACAUAGCAUAAUUGAGCAUAAUUGAAAUAUUUCCUAUUUUUGUAAAUAAUAUCAUCAAAAUUUUGAAAAAACGUUCGUAAAUUACUAUACAAUUAAAAAAAAAUACAUGCUUAUUGUAUUUUUAUGAAGAAAAGUUAUAAUCUUCAUCUACUGUUCUCAAAAUAUUGAGAAUAUUUUAUUCAUAUUCUAAUUGACGUUUGGAUUUUAAUUAAAUUAGAAGUUAUAUUCUAAUAACAUUUUAAUAUUUUGUAUAUGUUUAAUACAAUAGUAAUUUAAUGUCUUGUAUUUAAUAUUUUUUAAUUCAAAUAGUAAAGAUUAAUUAAAAUAAUUGAUAAUUGUAUGUCUCAUAGAAUGUAUAGAAUAUAUUUUUAUGUUUGAUAUACAAAGUUUGCACGUGUUAAUAAAAACGCAAUUAAUUGCUCUAAAAAACGAACUACAUUCUUAGGUUGUUGUAGAAAUUAAAUAUUGUAACAAUAAUAACAUAACUUAUUUAGAAUGUAAAACUAUUGGUCACACGUGCAAGGUAAAGGGGUCACUUAAAUUGGAUAUGAGUUUAUAGAUUCAUCUACUCAACAAGUUAUGGCGCUAUGUAUAAUAUCACUAUUCAAUUUUUAUACAAAAAAUGUUAAGAUAUAUUUUUAUGUAGUAAUGAAUAUAUAAAGGGAUAUACAUAAACAAAACAACAAAAGGAAUAUGUGGCUGUCACUGUAAUUUUGACAGUAACAUAAACAUAGUCAACAACAGUAUGAAUGCUUUAUUAUAACUCUUCUCCUAUCACAUAUCAAAAGUAUUGUGUAUAUAUAUGUGUAUGUAUAUAUAUGCUAGUCAAUAAUAUACUUCCAUCAAACGAAUAUAAAGCACAAAUGAAAUUGUUAUGUCAUCGUGCAAUCUGAAUUAUAUAUAGAGAAUGUAUAUUUGAUAAUUUAAAUAAGUACGUUAGUUUCAUGCAAAAUAUGAUACCAUAUGCAUGCAAAGUUUAUAUAUACCAGUAAAUAACACAAGUAUAUUUGUAAGCUAUAUAUAUUUAUUUUACAAUAGCCAUAAUCUUACAACGAUUAAAUGAUUUACAUGAUCAUUUGACAUAUGUACAUAAAGGUUUCUAUUUAGAUAUUAAACAAAUAUGUUUAUUAGA